UUAAAAACAAAUAUGUAAACAUAAUAGUGCUGUGGCAAUUUUUUAUAAUUAUAAAUGUUAACGCUGAACGUACACAAGUUCGCAUGAAGAUUGACGUACCAAUAGAUUCAAGUUCAGAUGCAACAAAAAAUAAUGAUGAUGAUGAUGAUUCACCACAAAAUGAUAUAAAGAACGAAUUGAUUAAACAAGGACAAUUUUUUAGGGAUUUGUUCUCCGAGCAAUUGUCCGAGCAUGAAAUUGAAUUUGGUCAUGUAUGCGAAAAUCCCGAUGAAUGGGAGCAACGAUUCGAACGACAGGAUAUGAAAGCAAAUAAUUAUCGUGGAAAGGUAAAAUGGGGUAACAAAAAUGGAGAAUAUGGAGAACAUUAUUGGGAUUUGAAUUAUUAAAUUAAAUAACAUUGAGAAACUU